AUGGCCGACACUGGCGACGAUACCGGCCAUGUCUCGGAGCCCCUCGACCUCGUCCGGCUCCUGCUGAAUGAGGUGGUCUUUGUGAAGCUCAGAGGUGACCGUGAGCUCAAGGGCAAGCUCCAUGCCUACGACAGCCAUUGCAACUUGGUUCUCGGCGACGUUGAAGAGACAAUUUAUGCUGUCGACGAAGACGAGGAGACAAUCAACCGCAAAUCAGAAAUGCUUUUUGUCCGAGGCGACAGUGUUGUUUUAAUAUCACCGCAGGUCCCUUUCUGA